GCUCUCGGAGCUCAGGCCCCGCCCCUCUCCAGGGAGGCGACUCCGGAUUGGCUGUCCUUCCUUCACGUCAGGCGAUCCGCCCCGGCGCGCGCCCUGCCGCGUGCCCACCCCCGUGCGGCGGCUGCAGCCUACGCUAGCCUGCCACAGCCCGCUGCCGGCGACGCCGGAUCCUGAGCCCCAGUCGCGCGGGGCUCGACGUGGGGCACCUGGACCGCGGCGGCGGGCAGGCGAUGCUCCAGAGACCUGAGCAGCCAUGGAGGCCGAGGCAGGCGGCCUGGAGGAGCUGACCGACGAGGAGAUGGCGGCUCUGGGCAAGGAGGAGCUGGUGCGGCGCCUGCGGCGGGAGGAGGCGGCGCGCUUGGCGGCUCUGGUGCAGCGCGGCCGCCUCAUGCAGGAGGUGAAUCGACAGCUGCAGGGUCACCUAGGCGAGAUCCGCGAGCUCAAGCAGCUCAACCGGCGCCUACAGGCCGAGAACCGCGAGCUGCGCGACCUCUGCUGCUUUCUGGACUCGGAGCGCCAGCGCGGGCGGCGCGCCGCGCGCCAGUGGCAGCUCUUCGGGACCCAAGCAUCCCGGGCGGUGCGCGAGGACCUGGGCGGUUGUUGGCAGAAGCUGGCCGAGCUUGAGGGCCGCCAGGAAGAGCUACUGCGGGAGAAUCUAGCGCUUAAGGAGCUCUGCCUGGCGCUGGGCGAGGAGUGGGGCCCCCGCGGCGGGCCCUGGUGGCGCGGGGGGCUCAGGGUGCUUGGUCCGACACCGGAGCUCGGCUUUGCCCCCCUGCGGACCCCGGGACCUGGGCGAUGGAAGCUCCAGCACCGGCAGCGUGGGCAGCCCUGAUCAGUUGCCCCUGGCUUGCUCCCCAGAUGACUGAGAGCAUCGCUUCCUUCGCGCCGACGCCCGCCCGGAUGGCUCCCCAAGCGCCUGGAUUGCGAUGGACCUCGGGACCUGGAAGCCGCCCCGGCUGCACGCGAAGGGCCGCUGGCAUGGACUUAGACAUCCUGGCACUGAGGAGCGCCCUUCGCUCUCGCUGGCUGGGCAACGGGGGGACUGGCGGCUGGAGCGGAGGGACUUGCAGGGGGCUGGGUGGGGGCUAAUAAACCGGGACGGAAGCAGAGUC